AAAAUAGAAAAAAAAAAAAAAUUGUAAAUAGUACCCAUUUAAAAAUUCUCAUAUUUUUUGUAGAGACUAUCCAUCGCCGAUGUUCAGGCGUAUCUAUAUAAGCCAUAACCAUAAUGUUUGUCUUAAGCGUUUUAUAAAUGACAUUGCGAAGUAAGCGACAAUUAUUUUCGAAGCCAUCGCUUGAAAACUGGGAAGAGCGUGAGGGGAUUAAUUGAUCUCUGUGAUAUAUAUAUAUAUAUAUAUAUACAUAUAUAUGUAUAAAGAAAUAUUGCACACAGAAACACUAUUACGCCACAUUGUUAUGGCUAACAGAUUAUAGACGCGACCAAAUUAUUUUAUAUUCAUAUUACAUAAAUCGUAUUGAAAAAUGCGCCAUUAAGUUUUUUAAAAGGUCACCGGGAAUCGCAGUCAUAUCCGACAGACGUAACUCCGUGAACGGGGGAGGCGGGUCCGUUUUCUUUCCAAAGAUUAAUAUUUAUGAGAUCAAGAUGUGAGUGUACCUUCGAGAGCCCGUGGGAGUCAAAAUGGAAAUGCCAUUAGUUAGGAGAGUCUAGAUGUUAGCACACGGUAGUAACAAUAACAUUGCGAAUCGAAUUAAGGUGAUAUCCCCUCGUCGGCAUGGCGGGCCAGAUAACGUUUCACCUCGGUCGCGCAGCAUCACGCCUUUGUUUUCUCAUUAUCUUCCGCGUAAAUCAGAGGCUUGCUUCGUCUAGGCAAAGAUUAAGAACUAUUUAUUUGACUGAUGUCCAUGUAAAUAUGUUUGUAAGGUAGGCUAGAGCUAAAAGUGCAGUUUCUCUUUUUUUUUUUGUACGAUGUACCUUUGCGUCGAGAAUAAGUUACAUUCGAGAAUAAGUUACCCCUACGCAUUAUAUGUACGAUCGCGAGAGGAAGAUAAGUAGCUUCAAAUUUCAUCGUCAAGCGCGAAAUUGCAGAAAGGUUUUAUUGAACUACCAGAGCUAUUUAGGAUUCAACUACGUUCGUGCAUUUUACUCUCCCCCCCCUUUUUUUCCUCUGCGCAACGAAUUUCCUCGUGCGAAUUCAGUCGACAUUUCUGUUCGUGGCGUUAUUUAUCCAGUUUGUAAUAGUUCCUACGUGCGAGCGUCCAGAAACCAAUCCCACCACAGAAUUUCACUAAAGUUCAAUAAAGCUUUUUGACUAUUUACUGGCGUGCUAUGUAUUGCUUUUUCCGCUUGUUUCUCUACGCGCGAGAUGUCGAGAUGUUGUGUGCUUGUUGCUUCGAUACGAGGACAAUCAGAUGUUCGUUUAGCAUACGGCAUACGAGGAGAGGGCUUGUUUCAGCAACACCUGCUCGUUAUUAAUAAAUAAGUAUUAUUUGUAAGAGUAUUCUUUUUUAAAAGAGGAGGAAAAAAGAACCGUUGAGUACCAUUAAAAUGAGAAAAAAAGAGAACCGACAUUGAAUACCAAGUGCGAUCGGCUGCAUUAAUUUGCGAUUUAAUGAAAUAUUCGAAUUGGCUUAAAUACAACGAUCACAUCGCGUAACAUAGCCUGCGAAGUUGCAACACUUUGUCUUACAUUCUGUCUAACGAGAUUAACGACAACAAGCAUCAUUGCAAUAUUGUACAUUCGGUACCAAAGAUAAGUAGCAUCCUAUCUACGACACUGCUGAGAUAAGCACUACAAUAAUUAAUUACCUAGCCGUCGGUUUACGAUAAUUGUGUACAAUACCUUGAAAUCCAUAACGAUGUUACAAUAAAGUCUUUAUUCCAACUAAACAUUUUCCUACACCACCCUUUGUAUUUCUGCAUUGUGGCAGAAUUCAUUUCGAAGAAAGGAAAGUAGAUAGGGUAAAUAUAUGACUAAACUUCGCAUAGGUAGAACACGUAAAUUAUAAUGUAAGAUGUAAGACUAAUAGAGAUUAAUAUCUCCUAAUUUCUAAGGAAAAUAUUACGCGCAAGCCUCUUUGUAGAAUUUGGCGAGAGAUAAAUGAGAUUCCCGAAAACCAAACUGCUGAUCAACUUCAUGAAGUAGAGAAAAUCGAUAAAGUUACAAACUUGUGUGCUUCGAUACUGUAAUUAUGAAAUUUACAAAGGCAUGGAACUAAUCGAUUCGAAUUUUUAAAUGAUACUAAAGAGGAAAUGUUCAAGAUAUAGAGAGACUCAAUAAUCAGAACGUUAUUUCAUAAUAUAAUAAAAUUAUUUAAUUAAAAUUUAUUUCAUAAUUAAAUGAAAUGUAUCAUUUAAAUGGUGUAUAAAAUGGCUAUACGAUUCUGUCCGGUUUUCAUAGUAAAAGAAUCUGCUAUUAUAUUCUCUUCAUAUAUUUCGUUCUGUCAAUCAAAUUUGUUGUAGAUCUUUCGUAAAAUUUGCUUUCGAUAGAUUUGGCUAUCUAGAGAUCUUUUCACGUAAGGUGAAAAAUGUCGUUGCAGAAAAGACCAAAAAAUACUAAAAUUCAUUUACUUGUCACAUUUUUUAAUUCAUCUUUUUAACCUUUUCUGAGGGAAAGAGUGAAAAGCGAAAUCAUAUUGCUUUCGCAGACUCUUCGCAAAUUUCUGCAGGCGAGAAGGUAAGAAGAGUUCAGAGGAAAGCAUGAAAAAACUCUGCACAAAACCGCAUGCGCGAAAAUUAUGAUGUAUCCACGCAGCGACAAAAAUUACGUCAUAACGCAACGUGUGACGUAAUAACGCAGUUUGAUGUAAGACCCUACGCACAGUAGAGGGGAACAGCAAUAAAUAUGAAAUUAUGAAAAUAAAAAUUAAAUGUAACGCACAAUGGAGUACAAGUAUAAGCUACAUCUUACAUUUAUUUAUGUCCAUUUUUUUUUAAAUUUAAUAUUUACUUCUGUUCCUCCAUUGUGCAAAGGAUCUAGUAGUUUACAUAGUGAAUCUGUCGGUUCAACAAAGGAACUUUCCAACCAGAGAUAUAAGUCGACGCGGAGUCAUUCCAUCUUUUUUCGAUAUUCAGUAAAAACAAAAACAGAAUGACUCCUUGUGUCUCUCGCUGGGAAGCUUCCAAUAAAGGAAAAAGGAAUAAAUCCAACAUCAUCCGAUCCCCGCGGUGACGCAGGCGCGAAACGUUUGCGUAUCAACGUCGUGGCGACGAUGAUGCCGACACAGCCAAUUCCAUUAGACUUCAUGAACGGCAUAAUGAUGUUCCGGCCGUAACCACGUCGUCAGCUGCGACGGGUCUCUCGUCGCCCACCCGGAUGGAACGUGAAGAGUUCGCGUUGCGAACUAUCCCUCCGAAUCGAGGAGAGUCGAUUCCGCGCCAAUGUGCGCGCGCGCGCGCGCGUUUCGUCCGUCGCGCGCGGACGAAUUCAAUGCGCGCGCUUGUAUUCGUAAAAAAAAUUGGUUUUUGGGGGGAGAGAAAAGAAAAGGAGAAGUGUCGCGGAUGGCGCGCGGGAUCGCGAUUACUACGCGGAUCACCGUGCACGUUAAUUUGGAACAGCGGCUUAUGAGCACGGAUUAUGACGCCGAUGUGACGAGGCUGUAUAACAAGAUCCUACGUUGACUGCUCUUACCUGUUGACAUGAUGAAGAUAGCAUGCACCCCAUUGUCGAAGCUCAUGCCCAUAGACACGUCUAAUAUAUGCCCGAAGAGCAAGAUAAAACCCACUUUAUCUGAAGUAUUGCAAUCAGAUUCGGUAAAACGCCUUUUUAAUCAACCAAAUCUUAUAAUUAAGACAAUUCCUUUAAACCUAUUGACGGAAUCUAAUAAGGAUAUGUUUUGGCAUAAAAGAAAUGGUAUAAAUGCAACAUCAAGUCAUUCAAGUCCAGCUGAUAUAUCGAUACAUCCUGUUAGAACUGCAGAAGAAGAAAAAGAAGACGCCAAUCUUCUACCUUCGAAAAUAGAGGAUAAAAAGUCAGAAAUCGCUCUGUUACCCAUUGAAAAGAAAUUAUGUGGUCAUCGUGAGCCAUGUGAAAACAUCGUUUGUGACGUGACAGUACAGCAGUAUGUGGAUAAAGAUACGAUGUCACCGAUGAUAUCAGUAAAUAUAGAAGAUGACGAGAUAAACGCAACAGUUGCAAAACAUUGCGAAAAUAAAUAUUGCGAUGCAUUAAGUAUCGAUCACAAUCGCUGUCGUCGUGCGUUAAUAAAUUUACACAGAUGCGAUAGAUCGCAUGUAUGCGAUAUUUGUGGAAUAACAUUGAAGAAAUGGAUGUCUCGAGUAUACCAUAAGAAUUGUGCAAGAAAGAAUGAAUAUGUCCAUAAUAACGUGGAUAGACUACAUUUAUUGAAGGAGCGGAUGCGAAUGCGGGAACUGCAAAUCUUAGAAAUCGCAAGAAUGAAAAAACACAAUUAUUCCGAUCCCGCCAGAGCGAUGGAAAUUCUGUGGAAAAACGAAGAGCUGAUAAUUAUACCGCAAACAGUAUCUAGUCAACGACCGAUUGUCAACACGAUCUCAGUACCUAGCUCGGUAUCUCAAUCGACUGACACUAAUUUGACUAACACUCAACUUAUCAAAAUUAAUUCGUCAAUAACUAAAGUCACGAAUAUUUUUGGAAGCAAGCCCCUCUCGUCGCAGAGCGCCGCAAUUUGUUGCAACACAUCGCAUUUAGUAGAAAACAAAAUAAACUCAUUAAGUCAAGUAAGAUAUCCAAAUCUGCAACAGAAUUCCCGUUUGGUAUCUACUCCAACUCCGACUCCAGAUAAAACUUUAUCUUCGACUUCAGCUCAAGUUCCAAUUGCAGUUCCGGUUUCAGUUCCAGUUCCAGUUCCAAUUCCAGCUCUAGCUGUAGCUCAAGUUUCAACUACUUCAACUUCGACUCCGACUCCAGUUCCAACUUCCGUUUUUAUCACAACUUCCGCACCUUCUUCAGUUAUGCCUUCACAGAAACAAUGUCUUCACCUCGCAGUUUCGCCUCAACCUGCUACUAGUCAACCUAUAGCGAUAAACAAUUGGAUCGUAUCACCAUCGCGUAUAUUAACAACCACACCGGUUCAAUCUAAAACGCUUCUUGCUCCAAUACGCGUGGUACCUAUAACUAACUUGAUAAGCCCGCCGUCAUUAUUACAUCACACGCAGGGAAUCCCUAAGUUUUGUAUCGUUGCAGAGAAAGUUACAGAAUCGGCGACCAAUCCGCCGAAUUCGCCGUCCGUUCAAUCGGCUGAUAAAGCCGUUGAUACUGCCGCCACGAAAUUAGACACUUCUAAUGUUCUGGUACAAUCAAAUUUGAUAUCAAAAGUACGCAAAAAUUCAAAAUUGCUGAAAACGAAAAAGAAUUUUUUUUGCGUCUACUGUUCGAAAAAUAUUACUACUGGCUGGUAUUUCAAGGUACAUAUAGCAAAACAUAAAGGCGAGAAACUUUUUUGUAAUUUUUGUGAUGAAUCCUUCAGUAAUAAUUACGACAUGAAGAAACAUAUAACUAAUCAGCAUACUGAUCAGAAAGAGCUUAAGUGCGAUUACACUUGCACAUCACCUAUUCCCUUCAAAAAUGAUGUUCAAACACAUUCGAUACUGAGUGUCAAUAAAGCGAACAUUCAAUUAGAAAAGCAAAAAGAGCUAGAAUUCUCAAAAGAUGAAACAAGUCAUACGUUAAUUCAGGAUUCGUACGAAAAGAAAGUAAAGAGAUUAAAAUGCGAGGAUACAUCCAACAGUCAGAAUGAAAUCGAGAAAUAUAAUACGGAAAAAUUAUCGACAAUUAACAAAGGCAACAAUGCAAAGACAAAAGGAUUCACCUUCGUUUCCGUGAAAGAAAUUGUCAAUCCUGAAAAUUUCAAGCAAGAAUCUGUUAUUACAUCGAGAUAAAGCGUGCAAUAUAUUUUAGUUGUGAAAAUAUUCCGUCAAAUAUAAUCUGUUAAAAAAGUCUGUGGGAAUAUUUGGAGAAGAGCAGCUGAAGAAUUAUCGUGCAAUCAAAACGCGUUAAAUAUUCAUCCAUUUGAGUGAUAUAUAUAUGUGAAAAUUUAAAAUUUAAUUUAUUCUAAUGUCGAAAUAAUGAUUGUGCUCUUGAACUCGUUAUAUAACCUAAUAAUAUGGAAUGCGUGUGAAUCUCAUCGAUACAAAUAUUUUUUAAUUUACGUCGUGACUCACAAUUGCGUAAAUAAAAACCGCGAUAAAUCAGA